AUGGACGCUUAUAUCACCUAUCGCUAUGGAGAGUUGAACAAUUUCACACAUCCAUCCGAAUUAUCCGGGAUUUCAGGCAGAGGAUGGUACAUUGCCGGAGCUUUAUUCUCUUAUCUUUUGUGCAUCUAUUUAUUUAUCGUCUCAUACACGAUGCGUAGCUAUAUCAAGCACUCAGCUUUCAUCUCCGCCGUUCUCUUUCUUCCAAUGAUCAACGUGUUCAUUUUGGUCAUUUCCGAAUUCUCCGAAUCGAUAUUAUUCCUCAAAUUGUACCAUGUGAUCGUGACAGCUGAAUUCUUAACUUAUGCUCUUUGCUCUCAAAUAUUAAUCACAUCAUUGUUUUCCGUGUUUUUUCAAGAUUCGCCUGCGAAUUGCACAUUUGUCUAUAUGAUUCUACCAAUUUCUUCUCUUUGUCUAUCAUUUGGGCUCUACUUUGUGAAACAUUUUCUUACUCUGCGAAUCCUGACAAUCGUUGUUUCAGCACUUCCCCUUGCCUGCACUCUAAUGACUUUCGUUCUUUCACUUGUGCUGAUUUUCUUAGCCGCAAUGGGAAGACACCGAGACGAGAUUUUAACGCCAGCUGUUCUCAUUUUCUUCUCAAUCUUUAUCACUUUCUAUGCAAAUUGGGUGAACUUUGUCUCAACGAUUCACUCGCUAUUCGGUCCAUACUCCGAUGAUCAGAUCAAAUUCUUUGUGAUGGAUCAUCCAAAAACCCCACUUUUAGCAGAAAUCCUGCAUCCCCUUCUCCCAGCCGUUCUCUCCAUCUUCCUCUUCAUCGCCUUCGAUCAAUUCCGUCAUCCGCUUCGUUUCGGUGGCGGUGUGGUGAUUGGCGCUUUUCACAGCCAACUCUUGGUACUCUUUUCAUCAAAGAUUUGGCGAGCUCGAGGCGGUUCGACGACAGAAAUCGAACGGUUGGAACCCGAAGUUCCACCUGCAGAGAUUCUAUCCGUU